GCUGCAUGCCCACUCAAGGUUAUCACUGAUGUACCUCGAUCAUUUUAAGAGCAACGGCACCAGCAGCGAACGAUAAUUAUCAUUUCUUAAUUUCCCUUCGGAUCUUCGUUAAUUCCUUUGAUUUUUCUCGCUGUUCCAGACUGUCCCAUAAGAGGAUUUGGGCUGCUAUCGUUGUCCUAAACAAGGAGCUGUUGGGGUUUUUUAAAUCUUCCGAUUCUUCCCCGUUGUUUGGUACGUCCAACUGUACAACGUCAGCAGGCUCAGCACUUGCGAUACCUUACAAAAGCUCAAAAACCGAGAACGCUGCAAGCCUGCAACAGUUGGGAAGUGAAUUCGUGAACAUUGACUGCGGAUGAUAAACCCAUUUUCCAGCCGUUUUCCGAGACGUUUGGCACCAACCUCAAGCUUUGCAGCCUUUGGCUUUGCUGUCUUGAUUUUUAGUUGAUCAGCGAUUCAGCAUUCAGCAGCAAUCUUGAUAUGCCGAGGAUAUUUCUCCAAAUCAAACAGCAUCUUUCCUUUGGCUUGUGAUAUCUCUGUCAAAGCGUAAACUGCUUGGUUUUAUCAUUUAUGGCUUUGAGUAUCGUAAAACCGUUGGUUGUCAGUUGCGUCUGUUAUGGACAUAGGUAAUGGUGCACAGUGAGAGUUACGGUGUUACCUAACGAUUGUUAGCGACCAUCGAAUAAUAACUGACAGUGUUGGACCAUGGAUUUUCAUGAUGGAUACGAGCGCCCUAAAAGUAGUUUUAUUUUGAACGGAAAUGGUCCUGGCGUGUUACCUGAUGAUGAUCCCGCAGUGAAGGCCAGAGAACGUGAAAUGCUGUUAUGGUUGAUGCACAUGGCGCAUGGGACAGUUCGCGAUGAUCUCAAGGAACCAUAUUAUCCGGAUGGUCAGGGUCAGAAGUUGAUAAAGCCUGAUUACGUUCUCGGCUUGACGAGUGGAGAACUUUAUGCGGCGGCGUUGGGAAAUAUUUACCGGACUCCAAACUACAGAAACUAUACGCACGAUGAAAUUCUACAGCUUCUAAGCAAGAAAGGCUAUCAGUUGGUAUAUUCUAAUGGCAAUCCCAUAACGGAAACUGAUCUUUCAUUUAACCGACCAAUUCGCAUGCGUGCACACUUGCCAGUAAUCGAUGCCAUUAGCCAGCUUGCAAAACGGGAAAUGGGCGUGCCAAACGGUGUGUUGAAGGAUUCGGCCAGGACGCAGACUUCUCCUUUUAAGAAAACUGGUUUCGCUCCUUUGCCAAACAGCACAUCGUGGUUAGAGUUAUCCUCUCCGGCGGACAAAUCCCGACUAUCCAGAGCUGCCACGAAUGAAGAAUUACCGGAAAAUAACUUUCAACCAGGUCAACCGCAGGUUAUCAAUUUGAAACUAGCACUGGAAGAAAAACAACGGAAACUUCGGGGACAAAGCGCAAAGAAAGGCCACGAAUGGAUCCAGCAGGUGGGGCAGCUGGGCGACAAUGCGUUUAUCAAAUCCGGACCAAAUGCACCGGCUUCAUCCGCAUCGUCACAAUCAUCACAGAAAUCGGAAGAAGAGCACUUAUACGAAGAAAUCAGCGAGAAUAAGGAUGAAGAUAUCGGUGAAACUAGUAAUUUUCCUUAUCGGCGUGCCAAGUGGACAGAACAAACGGAUAUCGGUGCCGGCGAUGCGGCUAAUGUUUAUUCUACCAGACAGCCUCCCAAACCUCUUCCUCGUCGGAAUGUGAGCGUUUCAGACCACGCCAGUCCCUCGUCUUUCCCUGCGUUCUCCAUGCACAACACUUCCCAGAGUAAUGCAAGUGAUUUUGAUUCGGUUGAUGAUGCUAGUGGAUCUCAUACAUUUUCCUCAGUUUCGGAACCUCUGGAUGAAGCCUUACAACAGUUUAUCCCCACGGGUGCAGCUCCCAAACCGGUCAAGUUCAAGCCAAAAGUAAUACGAAAUCCACAACUGACCAACGGGACUGGCACGGUAACUUUGGGGCCUGCCAUUGGGGGUGGGCGGGGCCAUGUCGGCGGACAUCGUGAUUUUGUCAAUUCGAUUGAUGUGCUCAAUCCGACCGCAGCUGAGCCACGGAAACUGUGGAACGACAAUGCGAACGACGAUGAUGGAAAUGCCAGUUUUAACGUGAUUGAAGAGAACAACGGAUCGGAGAUGGAACGUAGGAAACAGAAAAUUCUGGAAUCUCAGAUAAAACGUCGCGCUGAGCAGGAAUUGGCGCGGCAAGCAAAAGAGUUUGAGAAUGCUGAAAAGGCCGAGUUGCAGCGUCAGCGUCAAGCAGAAUCAGCUAAGAAGAAGGAAGAAGAUCGUAUUCGCCGUCAGAUCGUCUUCGAAGAGUACCAGCGUCGGAAAGCAGCUGCAGCAGCGGAGGAAGCGGGACUGGGGCCACCGGUGACCAUGAGGGAAAAUAAAUCUCGGAAACCGCGUCCUCUUUCAGUGCAUGCCAAUAGUGUGACGACACCAGUGCAAGCUCCUCCUGUGACCGAUUUCGCGACUAGCAAAAUAAAGCGGUGUCCUAGCCAAGGUGAUAUAAUGAAAGUCAGUCAAGAAUUUUCAAUCCUUUCACUCCAUAAUUCUCGUGUGGCUGCUGCGUCGGCAAGACAUGGCCCAACCGUUCCGGAGAGACGGCAAUUGUCACCUCCGGGAGGUUUUCGGACCCGAGCUGUGACGACGGAUUCAAUUAGUGAUGCUAGUUCUUCCAAUUCAAACCAGGACGUGCAGGUUUACAAUGGACCGAAGCUUUUCAAGAAGCCCAGCGCCAAAUCCAAUCGGUUAAUUAUUCAUAAUGCUAUUCGUGAUUGCUGCUUGCCUGGAAUCGUCAAUGAAGAUGUUCAGAAAAAGGUGCUUGAAGCACUGGCCAGAUAUAACGGAAGCCAUUUUUUGGUUCUGUUUCGUGAUGCAAAUUGCCAAUUCAGAGGAUUGUACGCGUAUGAUGCUGACGUAAAUGAAGCGGUGAAGGUGUACGGUACUGGUCCAACCAAGAUCGACGACAGCAUGACGGAAAAGCUCUACAAAUAUAAUUCUGGCAGUAAGAAGUUCUCGAUAGUUCCUACGACUCACCACAUGUCCGUGCAAAUUGAUGGCAUCACAAUACAGUCGGCACUGUGGUACGGGAAAAAGACUACCGGUUUGAAGCCUCCUUUGGAAAUUUUUUAAAUGCCCAAUCUCUUGAUUAGAAACAGUUGUGUGGUUUGAAGUUUUUCUUUCUUAUAAAUUUUUUUACGUAAGAAGUUUUCCUUUUUUCUUGUCAGAUGCGCUUUUUAACGUUUUUGUGUAUUGUGUGUACAAAUGAUUUGUGACGAAACGGUCAGCUACGUUGUGAAUUUGAGUCGUUCUCGCAUAAUGAACGCUUAUUUUGAUUAAAUUAUUAAUUUUAUGAUGUUUUGAAAUAUGCAGUUACAUUAUUAUAAAGAAAGAUUGUAUGAUAAUAUG